CUUUUAAGUCACGAACAGUGUUCGCCCAGGGCAGUCCAGCCCUGGCAGCGGUGACGUCACCGAGCGCUAGGCUGAGCAGAGAGAGAAAGCGCGAGAGCGCUGCGGCGGAGUUCCUAUAGGGCCUGCGAACGAAGCAUUGGGAGGACAACGAAAAGCACACUGAGCGGGAUUUCCCAUCGCCCUCUUCUGAAUGCACCCACACCGAGGCUAAUCGGAAUAAAGGACGUUUCCAUCCGCAUCCCUUCGUCUCCCCCGAACUGUCCAAAGGCAACCUGUAAAGAGGGACUCCAUGAAAGAUGUCAGAGGAGGUGAUUGUUAUUGCCAAGUGGGACUAUACGGCACAGCAAGACCAGGAACUUGACAUUAGGAAAAAUGAGCGCUUGUGGCUCCUGGAUGAUUCAAAAACGUGGUGGCGAGUACGAAAUGCAUCCAACAGAACGGGCUAUGUCCCUUCCAAUUACGUCGAACGCAAGAACAGUCUAAAGAAAGGCUCUCUGGUGAAAAAUCUCAAAGAUACACUUGGCCUGGGAAAAACGAAACGCAAAACGAGCACACGGGAAGCCUCUCCAACACCCAGCACAGAUGAGUACUCGUCUAACGGGGGCGGAGCAGAACGAAUAUAUGACCUGAACACUCCAGCGGUGGUGAAGUUUGCCUACAAUGCGGAGCGGGAGGAUGAGCUCAGCCUGGUGAAGGGAGCCCAGCUGAUGGUGAUGGAGAAAUGCAGUGACGGCUGGUGGAGGGGCAGCUAUAACGGUCAGGUGGGCUGGUUCCCUUCCAACUACGUCCAGGAGGAAGAGGUGGAGGACACGCCAGCCGACCUUCCCGCUGUCUUCUCCUCAAGGCCGGGCCUCAGUAACGGUCAGGGCCCCAGAGUCCUUCACUCUGUUCAGACUCUCUACCCUUUCAGUUCCGUCACGGAUGAAGAGCUGAACUUUGAGAAGGGCGAGAUGAUGGAGGUGCUGGAGAAGCCAGAGAAUGACCCAGAAUGGUGGCGGUGUAAGAACUGCCGUGGGCAGGUGGGUCUGGUGCCAAAGAACUAUGUGGUUGUGCUCAAUGAUGGUCCAUUAGCCUCCCAGCAGAACAGCCACACGGGACCCUCCCACACGGGGAAAUUCGCCGGAAAGGACUGGUACUAUGGCAACGUGACACGGCACCAGGCUGAGUGUGCACUGAAUGAGAGGGGGGUGGAGGGAGACUUCCUUGUGCGAGACAGCGAGUCCUCUCCGAGUGAUUUCUCAGUGUCUCUGAAAGCAGCCGGGAAGAACAAACAUUUCAAAGUGCAGCUGUCGAAUGGAGUUUACUGCAUCGGUCAACGCCGCUUCAAUACUAUAGAUGAACUGUUAGAGCACUACAAAAAAGCUCCCAUCUUCACUAGUGAACAUGGAGAGAAGCUUUACCUUAUCAAACCCCUCCAGUGACCUUCCACACACAAAUGAGCCUUACAACCAGGCCUUACUGGACCAGACCAGAUCUGACCUCAUACUGAGCCAAGUGAUCUGCAACUCCUACUUACCCAUCAUUUCCCACCAGAAAACAGGGGACUUAUUGAAUACCAACCCACAGGAAAAUCACAGGAUUUAACAUUAUGAUGUUGUUUCUGCCAAUGUGUGUCCAUGUUGCUUUAGCUCUUCUUUUCACCUGGAGAGGUUGACCUUAAUGAAUAUCGGCUUUUCCAAGUGAUAAAUGAAGUACUUGCCCAUGGACUUGACUGACAGCUCAUUUUCUGUUCACACUUAGCCGACAUCGAGAUAUAAGAAAGCCAACAGAUACAGCCUUUAUCUGAUACAGGCUUCGACUUAUAAAGUCAUCACAGGGCAAGUGCACAAAUACAGAUGCAGUGGAAUUACAGGAAACUGUAUAUACAGUACAUAGGAGUUGCCAAAGAGAGAGUGGUGACAGGUACUUGUCGCCCCCUGCUGGAUGAACUGAGAAAUGCCAACAGGAGGGUCUUAUAAGAUGAAUGUUUUGUAGAUGCUUAACCAAAUGUGCCACCUUCACAUUCAAGCACUGCGCAUCUAAUAUAUAUAUAUAUAUGAGAAAUAUAUCCACCUCAUUCAGAUUGACACAUCUGUAUCAGCAUUAAAGUGUUGGCAUAGACCUCCAUAUUACAGCAAAACACUGUUCAAGUUACUUUUCUAAAGGGCACCAUUAGAAAAUAAUUGUUUGGUCUCUUUAAAAAAUGAGUCCAUUCAGCUUUUAGUUUCUGAGCUUUUAUAAAAGUAUGGUACAACUGAAUGUUACUGAGCAUUGUUAUUUAAAACCAUGUUUAUUUAACGUGAGAGGGGAAAAAAGCUGCGGACAAGGACAAUGUAGUGAGCUCCACGUCUAUGAUAGCUGUGCAAAAAAGUUUUGUUUGAUUAAACAUUUUGCAAGAAUAAUAACAAAGU